AUGAAUCAUUCUAUCAACAUCAUCGAGUUGCAUCACUCCACCACCAUCAGUAGCAGACACAUGUUGCUUUGUCUAUAUGUGUUUGAUUUCAAGAGACAUUGCUUUGAUGUAAAGCUUUCGUCUCAGCUUGUUCAUCACCAUAAAUGCUUCCAUGUCGAGUUCAUCAUUAAGUUUUAUAUUUACCAUUAUGCAUCAUUUUCUUCUGAUAUCAAGGAUCUUAAUAAGUUAAAUAUAAUCUUUGAGCUAGGUUCGCAUUUUAAACCAUUUAAUCUGCUACUAGGGGCUUUUCCUACUGCAAGUGCACAUGCACUUCCAGAACAAUAUAGAAAAUUAGUGACAUAUCCAAACUCGUCAAUUGUUGAUUUUUAUCCAACAGAUUUUGAAGUAGACAUGAAUGGCCAGCGGUUUGCAUGGCAGGGAUUGGUUGCUGGACCAAGCUCCGAGACACACCCCGUUAUUCCAAAUGUGAAAUGGACUAGGAAUUCCUUUCCUAGAAACCAAUUCAAAAGAUCCCACCAAUGUGGAAUAGACUUUCAUGUCUAUUACUUCUUCAAUCAAAGUGGUGACUCAAACGGAGUCAUGUGUUCGGUUCCGCGUCUGACCCACUCCUAA